GACUCGGAAGUUUGCUUGACGUACGUUCCUUACUGAGGCCACAUCACUAGUGCAACCAGUUCAAAAUGUCCAACAUUCUCCGCGUCUUUUCGAAACAUGCGCGCUCAUUGUCGCAGUCGUCUAAAAACCGUGUUUUUGCACUAGAGCGUUCAUUUCACUCGCCCUUCGUGGUGCUCAACACUUCGGCUUCAAAUGUAUCGCCAAUAUCGGCGUCACUAUACGAGAAACAACAUGACCACUCUCCUGAACCCCAGAUCUCAUCGUCUGGCACGCGCACUUAUGUGGUCUCGGAGCCUGACCCUGCCAACACCCCUUAUGAAGUGCCGUCAGGCGCAUACUCCACUACAACCCCUUACGUCAACUUCAACACCACAGACGCCACCAACACCGAGGGGAAACAUAGUGCAAACAGCGCGAACUUUCCUCACUCUUUUACAACUCGUGCUAUUCCAAGAAAUACAGAUAGCGUUGGAAGUACCUCGGUGAGAUAUGGAGAGGCGCCCGGUGAGAUGGGGGGUCGCAAAGGGGGAAGCCUUGAUGGAUGAAUCUGGCACGUACAAGGGCGCCGCAGAACUUCCUGACAGAAACUCGUCCCCUGAUUUGGAUGUGGGCCUGCGUUGGUCCAAACUAGGCGCAGAGAAUGCAUGGAAAGAGCGGAAAUAGGUUGUGGGGUCGUAUGGAGGCGUGCGGAGGAAUUUCGCCAUUCUGUCUGUCAGGCGGUCGCUGUGAAAGAUGACACGUAUCCACUGCCUUGAUUAAUGUAAUAAGUUUGAUGCUGUACAAUAGUUUCAUGAUUCUUGCUGUCUUGCUGUCUUUGGACGUAUAUAUUAUUUAUUUCUCUUGCGGUGACAUCGGGC